CGCAGGACAACAACUUACCUAGCUAUCCGAGUCGGCACUACAACACACUUUCGGCAGAUCGCCUUGUAUUAUACAAGCAUCCUUUGUGACCUUCACCGGUGAUGGAUCCGGAGAUCGACCCGGCCGCCCUCUUUCGGCCGGUGAAGAGGCGAAAGUUCCAGCGACGCCGGCCAGACGUUGACGGCGAGGAGGAUGCGCAAUCUGCCACUGCAGGACAACCUGCUCAUGUCUCCGAGUCAUCCACACCUCCAUCGUGGCAAGAAUCCCCAGGCCCCUUCCCCGCAAUCGAUCCUCUUCGUUCCCGGCGGCUUCACCGAGCUCGAAAGGGCGGCAUCGAGUUCUCCGCCACAUCGCGGCCGGCGACGAGCCAUGAGAGCCAGGCUGUCGUCUCAGGCGCGACUAUGGAGGACCUGGACAAGGAACGAAUGCGUGCAAUGUGUGAUCGUUUCACGGCGCACACUGGCCAGACGGUCGACGUUGAUAAACAUAUGAUGGCCUAUAUAGAAACCGAAAUGGCGAAGCGACACCGGUGCAGUAUACCGACGGAAACUACGGGCUUUGACCCCUCCCGGACGAGUGAUACUACGUCGGCUCUGUCUAUCAACGACCUUCCGCAACGCGAACCGGCCUCUUUGGGGAAGCUGCAUGAGAUCGAUCUGGGCCACGAGGCCACAUUACAGAACAUUGCUCGCACGCAAGCAGCGACAAGAAGGCUUGCCAUGGAUGAUGACCAUGCCUCUCUCGCCGAGCAGGAUCCUGGCUCCAGGAUGUCCGCCGUAGGUAAGGACCAGAAAUCGGGGCGUAAUCGCAGAUGGCGAACAAAUGAAGACAUCGAACGAGAUCGAGUCGUGGAAGAAGUGUUACGGGAAAGCAAAUUGGACGUCUACGAAGGACCCGAAGAGUUAGGAGUAGGGGAUGUAGGAGAUGCGGAUGGACAGGCGGCCGACGAUAGGGUAGCGGAACAGUUCAGGAGAGACUUCCUUGAUGCUAUCCAAUCCCGGCGUCGUGUGGCGCGUGCGAGAAACACAAAGGUCACCAAGCCUGAUGCUCCGCGAGGGCCCAAAUUGGGAGGCAGUAGAAGUGCAAGAGCUGCGAUGCGGGAGAUGCAAGAGAAGGCCGGACGGAAAUGAGUCUUCGGUUUUCCCCAC